UAUGUACUCUGAAACCUCUUAUCGUAAUUUUUUUUAUUUGCCAAUCACUCUCUCCAGUAUGUCAAAAUCUUCAUCUGUGACCCCUCCCGUUGCCGUGGAUCCAGAUGUCGUCAAAGACGAUACUCAGUUUGACGCCAGUCCUAGUACAAGUGCGACGGAGCUCAGUACAGCGGGGCAGAGGAGAGACGGAGCUACCUUCACUGCCAAAGGGCUGAAGACGGAGCUCUAUGAGCCGAUAGACUCGUACGAGGGGAAGCAUCGAUACGACCCUGACUUCGACUGGGAGCCUGAGGAAGAGCGGAGGGUGGUGAGAAAGAUUGACAAGAGGAUAUGUACAUGGGUUUGCCUGAUGUUCUUUGCAUUGCAACUCGAUCGCGGGAAUAUAUCGCAAGCGCUCAGUGACAAUUUCUUGAAAGACUUGGGACUGAACACCAAUGACUACAAUUACGGCCAGACAAUCUUCUAUCUCUGUUUCUUAUUUGCAGAGCUACCAUCUCAGCUUAUCAGCAAAAAGAUCGGGCCGGACAAUUGGAUUCCCAUCCAGAUGGUCUCGUGGAGUCUUGUCGCCUCGAUGCAAGCUUUUCUUACUGGUCGGCAAUCGUACUUUGUCUGCCGCGCGCUUCUGGGAUUGAUCGAAGGCGGCUUCAUCCCCGACAAUAUUCUAUACCUCUCAUACUGGUACACCGGCUGGGAGCUCCCUGCAAGACUCAGUUGGUUCUGGGUAUCAUACCAAUCUACGCAAAUCAUUAGUGCUUUUUUCGCAUAUGGCAUUCUACGACUGCGCGGUCACAACGGCAUGGAAGGAUGGCGGUGGCUCUUCGCUCUCGAAGGGAUGCUGACUGGCUUGAUUGGAAUUGUCAGUUGGUUCUAUCUUCCACCGUCACCCACCCAAACAGCGAGUAGAUUCCGUGGAAAGGACGGCUGGUUCAACGAACGCGAGGAGAAAAUCAUGGUAAACCGGAUUCUUCGUGACGACCCUUCCAAAGGCGACAUGCACAAUCGACAGGCUCUUUCCAUCUCCAUGUUCUGGCAGUGUCUCAAAGAUUACCACAUGUGGCCUAUCUACGCCCUCGGCUUUACCUGGCUGAUUCCUACGACGCCAAUGACUUCCUAUCUCACCUUACAACUGCGCUCAAUCGGAUUCGACACCUUCCAAACGAAUCUCCUCACCAUCCCCGCAUACGUCAUCUUCAUCCUACAACUCCUCUUCUGGACCUGGCUCUCUGAAAAGCUAAAUCAACGCCUCCUAAUCGGCCUAAUCUCCCAAAUCUGGGCCCUCCCCCUCGUAAUCGCGCUCAAGCUGCUCCCAGCAUCCGCCUCGCACUGGGCGCGCUUCACAGUCUCCACCCUCCUCGUCGGCCACCCUUACGUCCACGCCAUCCUCGUCGCAAUCACCUCGCGCAACGCCGGCACCGUCCGCACCCGCACCGUCGCUAGCGCCCUCUACAACAUGACGGUGCAGGCGAGCAACAUCAUCAGUCAGAAUAUCUACCGCGACGACGAUAAGCCGUUGUAUCGGAGGGGGAAUACGGUGUUGAUUGCGAUUUGCGUUAUGAAUUUUGUGCUGUUUGCGGGGGCUAAGGCGUACUAUGUUGCUGUUAAUCGGAGGAGGGAGAGGGUUUGGGGGAAGAUGAGUAAGGAGGAGAAGGAGCGGUAUUUGGAGACUACGACGGAUAAGGGGAAUUUGAGACUGGAUUUUCGGUUCGCGCAUUGA